AUGUCUGGCAGUUGUGGUGUCUCAGCGAAUACCCCUGCUGAACCCGUUCCGAGAGACGGUUCUGUUAUUGAGAGGAGACCCGAUUCGGCGCACCCGUGGAGCCAGACGAUUCCUCAGACAACCUUGGCUUACAUUAUGCGCAGAUACCAACGUUCUUCCUACAGUGUUUGGCCAGUGGUCAAUGCCGAAAUGCUUCUGCAGAGGCUGGAGGGUGGUAAUGACCCGAGUACGUACUGCUUGGCUCUGGCGCUUUGCGCAGCAACAAUGGCACAGCUUCAACUCGUACCCCUCAUGAAUGAAGAUCGAGAGGUCGACAGUAAUCUCUUGGCAACGGAGUGUCUGCGUCUGCGCGAAGAAAUAGACUUUAGGGAGAACCUUGAUGCGCGCUCUGUGCUUGUCUCGCUGUUCCUACACGUGUACCAUGCUAAGAUCAAUAAGCGAAAUUCGGCCAUGCUGUUUAUACAGGAAGCUAUUUCAAGUGCCAGAUUGCUGAGGCUAGAUGAAGACGGUAUGGUAACAAAGAAGUGGGGUACAGAUGAGGAUGUGAUUGCGAACCGCGAUAUUCUAUUUACUCUUCUAUGGGUGUCGGAAAGGGGCUAUGCUAUGCAUCUUGGCCUGAAACCGUCUUAUGCGAGUCCAACUUGCUUGUUAGACCGGACACAGGCAUCUGAGAACACUCACGUGCAGGGCUUGCUUGAGCAUGCAAGAUUAUUCGCGGCCUUUGAUGACGUUCUUAUCAGAAGAAGUGACUCAAAUGGUCUCUCUGUCAACACUCUAAGGGAGACAGAAGCUGCUUUGUCGAUGCUCUCCCUGGGCCAAGGUGAUCGGGCGGCCACACGAAUAGCAGAUUACUGUAUCACCAAAGAAUGGAUGCGGAUGAUCAUUUGGCAAGAGGCUCUAUCUCAACACUUACUUUCUUCUACGUCGUAUUUGGAGUUGAUGACUUUUAGGUUCCCGGUCCAUGUCGGCCGGGAUCUGCUACGCUCAUUACAGGGUUUUUCCAAGUCCGAUUUGCUUCCCCUGGGCCGUGAUCAGCUUCUGAAGUGCUUUGAGAUUGCAAACUCUCUUGCAGACACAGUGUUGUGUACAUCUUCCAUUCUUUCAUCGUUUCAGGGCUUUCACUUUGGCCCUCAAGACUUGUUGCAUGCUCUUUAUCAGAAGUUAUUACCAUUUCUGGAACAGGAUUCGGUGCUAAAUUCAAUCCUUCAUGCAAAAACCGCUGAGGCAUUGGUAAAGGCUCCAGCUCGUGCUUUACAUUUUGGUGUGAACGAGAGAUGGUCUGUGGAAGAACAGAGCAACGACGGCAUUGAUGAGCGCCUGGAUUUUGCAAAUAAUGUGAGAAGUGGUAUAUCGGAGAUCCAUGACUUUUCAUUUGGUUGA